AUGCAAGCUGCCUACCUAGCUGUUACACCUACAUCGAAAUCACGACGCGCAACCGCGCUGCCAAGGUGCUUGCCCCACCGCUGUCACCCCAAUCCAAGCCUGGUGCCAUCGACUCGCCCAGCCUCCCGAGACGAAGACGCUGCCGUCGACCGUAGAGCCCACGGCUAUAACUUUUACACCCACCCAUCCCGCCUCUCUAUCCUUGACGGCAACGGCGACCUGACCAUCGACCCGACCGCUUUGCUCAUCUGCUCAUCUGGGCAACCGACUCCCGCCAUGGACGACUCGGGUGCCGCCAACAGUUCUGCCAUGUGGCGCUCCAGCACCAAUCUGCCAUCCUUUUCCAGAGCCUUUGACCUCUUCACCAAUGGCGAUCCCGACGACGUCUCCGACGAUGGCGAGGAACAACGCUUCUUCAUUCCCUCGUACUUGCAGUCGUCGACGUAUAUGCACAAGCUUCAAGAGGCACAUAGAUCACGCGCACACUCAAGACGGGAGCAAAAGCGAAAUGGCACCAUGUCCUCCAGCAACGGCUUCUCCUCCGAUCUGCUGCCUACAGGCUCCCACCGCGGCCUCUCCCAUACUGUUGUCGAGCGUGGUGCUUUGUCCGAGGACAGGGACGGCCUCUCCCCGCUGCCUACGCGAUGGAACAAGAGCGACAUGAGCGGCGGCCUCGACCUCCACACUGACGGGCUCGGGGUCAAGUACGUGGAAAUCAAGGGUCACCUUGAUCGAGACCACGAAGCCUGUGGCAUUCGAGCCGACUACCACAUGCCACUGCAGUGUGGUAUAUACUACUUUGAAGUUCAGAUUCUGUCUGGCCGGCGCGAUGAGACUUUGAUUGCAAUUGGCUUUUCCAGCAGGGCAGCGUCCACGGCCAGACCUGUCGGCUGGGAACCCGAAUCGUGGGGCUACCACGCCGACGAUGGCCGAUGCUUUUCUGGGCAGAAUAUUGGGCGACCCUUUGGGCCAACCUUUUCUGUCGGCGAUGUUGUUGGCUGCGGCGUCAACUUCCGUGAUCGAACGGCCUUUUAUACAAAGAAUGGCGUCAAACUAGGUGUGGCUUUCCAAGAUGUGGCAAAGGGAAGAUUAUUUCCUACUGUGAGCAUGAAGAAGGCCGGCGAGCAUGUGCUGGUCAACUUUGGCCAAACACCCUUUGUAUACAAUAUCGACGACCUUAUGAGGGAACAACGAGAAAAUAUUCAAAAAGAGAUCGAAUCGACCGACACAUCAAAGCUCGAACCCGGCCUCGGCGAAACGGACUUCAUUCAGGCUCUCGUCAUGCAAUUCCUCCAACACGACGGCUACGUAGAGACAGCGCGCGCAUUCGCCGAAGAUCUGAAGCUGCAGAAUGAAGCCUUGAGCUCGAACACGGGGCCUAAAUCCAGCAGCCUAAAUAUUCGCGACGAUGAAGAUGCCAACAACCGACAGCGCAUCCGGCGAGCCAUCCUAGAAGGCGAUGUCGAUAGAGCUCUGAAGUUUACCAACGUGUACUACCCGCAUGUCCUGCAAGAACACGAGCCGGUAUACUUUAAGCUUCGCUGUCGCAAGUUUAUUGAGAUGGUCCGUAAGGCGGCCCAGCUCAACAUGGCUGCGGAGACUGGGGAAAACGGCAACACUCAGGAUAUGGAUAUUGACGCCAACGGAGACGAAGACGAAUGGGACGACGCACCAGUGGCACAAAACGAGAGUGAGGUGCUGGACUUGGAGAGAGACAUGCUAGAGUACGGCCAAGCUCUGCAGGCAGAAUACGCAGACGACUCGCGCAAGGAAGUGGGCAAGGCUCUGGACGAGAUAUGGUCCUUGAUUGCGUAUCGCAACCCCUUGAAGGAACCACAAGUCAGCCAUUUAUUGGCCCGGAAGGGCCGAGUCAUCGUGGCAGAAGAGCUCAACUCCGCCAUUUUAUCUUCCCUCGGCAAGUCGUCACGGGCGGCGCUGGAAAAGCUGUACGCGCAGACAAGUGUACUCUUGGAAGACUUGAGACAGGAUGGCGGCGAUGGGGCCUUCACCUCGGUCGGGGACAUAAUAAACGAAAUCCGGGCUGAGCACGAUGCUUAG